GGGAACCAAGGGGACAGGCUGGCCUUUCCUUACCACCCCAUACAGCAGCGCACCCACCCUCACCAAGUCAGGCAAGGGGGUGGGCCAGCUCUCUCGAGCCACUGGGGGAAUAGGCUGCAGGGAGGGUGGCCUGUGCCAAGAAAUGGGGGGUGGUGGCAGCCACGGCAGAGGCUCCAGGAGGUGACCGCCUGGUUUCCAUUAGGAAGCCCUGGUCGGCAGUUCAGGCAAGAGAGCUGAACUGGGGCUGGCUAUGGUGAGGUGGGGUGGGGUAAGGUGUGAGGGUGGGGCCUGCCUGCCCCCACACCCCCUGUGGAAUGCUCUUGUUGCCAUGGUGACAAGAUGCCCAACCUGGCAACACCCUGACCUGUCCCUCCACUCCCAGCGGCUAAGCCUGCUGCUGCUGCUCCUGCUGCUGCUUCCAGGCCCCCCAACCACCCCUGGCAUGGAGGACACAGCUUUCCCCCACUUGGGGGAGAGCUCGCAGCCCCUGCCCAGGGCCUGCCCCCUGCGCUGCUCCUGCCCCCGGGCUGACACAGUGGACUGCGAUGGCCUGGACCUGCGGGUGUUCCCUCACAACAUCACCAGGGAGGUUCAGCACCUCUCCCUGCAGAACAACCAACUCCAGGAGCUCCCUUACAAUGAGCUGUCACGCCUCAGUGGUCUUCAAACUCUCAAUCUGCACAACAAUCUCAUCUCCUCUGAGGGCCUGCCGGACGAGGCCUUUGAGUCCCUCACCCAGCUGCAGCACAUCUACUUGGCCCACAACAAGCUCUCGGUGGCCCCCCAGUUUCUGCCUCGUUCCCUCCGAGUAGCGGAUCUGGCUGCCAACCAAGUGACGGAGAUCUUCCCACUCACCUUUGGGGAGAAGCCGGCGCUCAGGUCCGUGUACCUCCACAACAACCAGCUGAGCAAUGCCGGCCUGCCCCCCGAUGCCUUCCACUGUUCUGAGGCCCUCACCACCCUCAGCCUCUCCAACAACCAGCUCAGCUACCUGCCGCCAAGCCUGCCACCCUCUCUGGAGCAGCUCCACCUGCAGAACAACCUCAUCUCCAAGGUACCCCGAGGAGCCCUGAGCCGCCAGAUCCACCUCCGUGAGCUCUACCUCCAACACAACCAGCUGACAGACAGUGGCCUGGAUGCCACCACCUUCAGCAAACUACACCGCCUCGAGUACCUAGACCUGUCCCACAAUCAGCUGGCCACGGUGCCUGCUGGCCUGCCCCGCACCCUGGCUGUGCUGCACCUUGGCCGGAACCGCAUCCAGCAGGUGGAGGCAGCCAGGCUUCGUGGGGCACGGGGACUUCGCUACCUGCUGCUUCAGAACAACCAACUGGGGGCAGCGGGGCUGCCCGCAGGGGUGCUGCGGCCUCUGCGGGGCCUGCACACGCUGCAUGUUUAUGGUAAUAGGCUGGAGCGCGUGCCCCUGGCACUGCCACGUCGCCUUCGGUCCCUGGUGCUGCCCCACAACCGUGUGGCUGCACUAGGGGCCGGUGACCUGGCUGCCACUCCACGCCUGGCCGAGCUCAACCUGGCCUACAACAACCUGGUCAGUGCCCGUGUGCACCACCAGGCCUUCCGUCCACUGCGUGCUCUACUCAACCUUGAUCUGGCUGGCAACCAACUGACUCGGGUGCCCACCGGUCUGCCCACUGGCCUGCACACCCUGCAGCUGCAGCGCAACCAGCUGCGGGCCCUAGACCCCGAGCCACUGGCUGGCCUGGACCAGCUGCGAGAGCUCAGCCUGGCAUAUAACCAAAUCCGAGUGGGUGACAUCGAGCCCGGCACCUGGCAUGAGCUAAAGGCCCUCCAGGUCAGAGGUCGGCUGGUUAGCCACACUGACUGUCCCCAGGCUGUCCCUAUGGCCCUUCGAUGAUAUCACAAAAAGAGCCCCCCAUAGGGGGAUAGCCCUGGGGUAGAUAAGAUAGAUCCAGCCUCCAGGCCUUUGGCUGUGCUGUCCCUGCCGCCUGGUCCUCUGAGACACCCCCCUCCACCUCCCUA